AUGCAACGUGGUCGUGCAUUUUUGUUCACGUACGCUGGCUCGCCUGCGCGGUUCCGCGGUUCAGGCAAUGAGAUGUCAGCCAGUUUUGUCUGGACACGCUCGGUUGGCGGUGAGCCAAUGAAAAUCCAUUGCAUUCCAGGCUACGUCUCCGCUCUUUACCUUGUCGAGUACCCUGAGCAGGGGAGGGUGCUGCUGCUCGAUAGCGGGUUUCCCAGCGAUUUGGAACGCGUUCGAUUUUAUGUGGAGGAGGUGAUGGGCGCCGGGGCGCCUACAAAGCGGCGGAUGUCAGAGAGUGUGCGGUUGGUUGUUGCCACGCACUCCCAUGUUGAUCACGCCGGGGCAUCCAAAGGGUAUGAGGACUGUGGCAUCCCGGUCGCAUACCCCAGUGGAAUGGAGAAUUGCUACUCUGGGCUGAAGGGUCGUGUUGCCCAAAUGUUUGAGUCGUCUUUGUCGCAAUUUGUGGCGGGUCGCUUAGGCCGUAGCGUGCGUGAGCGUUCGUUUUUGUUUUCUGGGGGGUUAUUGGGUCCCUUCUGGCAAAUGCCUACGGGGGCGCUGCGCUUGGACGAUGCAACCCCGCUCCCGCUCGGAUUUCAUGAUUGGGUGGCCAUCAGGUGUCCUGGCCACACGGCCCACAUGGUCUGCCUUUACCAUCCCUACUCGCGUAUUUUUUAUGCAAGCGACAUGUUUGUGUCGAUUAGAAGGAGAUUUUUUCCGCCCCUCCCACUCGACUUUGAGUGGGCGUAUAAUCGGACGCUCCACCGGCUGCGGCGCCUGCCGACACGCUGUGCCUUGUUGGCACACGGAGGAAUCAUAGACGUCGAAGACCGCUGUGUCUCGUGGAAUGCGCUGAUUGACGAAGUCGUUCACAAUUGUGAGCCCACCGCCAGGGAGAGCCCUCGCUUUGAGCGCCUGCGGCGCCUCAUAGCGGCGAGCAGUUCCGUGCUUCUAGGCGAAGAACUCUCCCCCGACACGCUUCCUCGCGGGCCCCUGCCUCUCCCCCGGGAGGGACAGGAGCCACCCCAUUUGCAUGUUAUAGAUUUUUAA